CUCACAGCUGUCAUCAAUGAAGAAGAGAAAAUCUCAAUCUAAAACUGAUUUUAACAGACCUGACGGAGGAUUCAACAAGUGCUCUCUAGAUACAUUUACAGUAGAUUUUAAUAUCGGCACCAAAAGUAGUCUACUUUAUCAACCUUUUAAGAUUCUCACAGGAAAAACACUUAACCCAGAUUUUUUAUUCUUUGAUAUUUCCUGUUGGUAAGAAGAAAACGUUUAUUAUUUAUUACUUUUAAGUUAUUUUAAACACUUUUUUCAGCCAUGACUUCAAGCAGUGAGCCUUUGGAAAUAAGUGGCAAUGAGCUGGUUCACAUACUGAGGACCCCCCGGGAGCAGUACACCUCUGCUGGGAGUGUGGUGCUCGACUGCAGACCUUUCCUCAAUUUUUCUUUCGCGCACAUUAGCGAGUCCCGAAAUGUCAAUUGGAACUCAAUGCUGCGUCGUAGAUCUAAGAGCUCGGUGGUGGCUCUGGAGUGGCUGAUCCCGGAUAAGGCGCUCCUGGGCCGGCUACGGCGCGGGGAGUUCUCCCCAGUAGUGGUGGUGGAUGAGAGCAGCCGCUCCGUGGCCGAGCUGAAGGCAGAGAGCGUGGCCCAAAUGCUGCUCACCGCCCUGCAAAACGAAGUUCAGACGCAGAUCUGCUUUUUACAAGGUGGAUUGGAGGGAUUUUCAGAGGCCUAUCCAGAGCUCUGCUACAGCUCAGCCAUCAAUCACCUCCCUGCAGUGGAACCAGAGCCAAUAGUGACAGGUCGGAGGACACCAGCAUAUGAUCAGGGUGGUCCAGUGGAGCUGCUGCCCUUCCUGUUUUUGGGCAGUGCCCUUCACUCCUCCCGCAGAGAGACCCUCGCAGCAGUGGGCAUUACAGCUGUGCUCAACGUCUCCUCCACAUGCCCUAACUUCUUUGAGGGGGAUUUUCAGUACCUGCGGCUCACUGUAGAAGACAGCCUCAUUGCUGACAUCAGAGCCUGCUUCUCCACAGCCAUUGCCUUCAUCGACUCAGUGAAGCAGAGUGGUGGUCGGGUGCUGGUGCAUUGCCAGGCAGGUAUCUCCCGCUCUGCCACCAUCUGUCUGGCCUACCUCAUGCACACGCGGCGCGUCAAGCUGGAGGAGGCCUUUGACUUUGUGAAGCAACGGCGUCAGGUCAUCUCCCCCAACCUGGCCUUCAUGGGACAGCUGCUGCAGUUUGAAACUGACGUCCUCUGCCAGGGUUGAAGACCCCGAAGAGGCACAUUUACAUGACUUUUCCUUUUUUUAAUUAAUUCUCCUGCUUCGUGCAGGCGUUGACUCGGAGCAUUAUCAGGACUCUUAUGUACAAAUGUGCUGAUUUGUGUUAUUGAAAUUGGUACAUUUCACAAGUGUAUAGUUUGUACAGUCAGAUAAAAGCUAAUUGUGCUGCUGGCAUCACAUGGCUGGUGGAUCUGGACAUCUACUUUCAGGAAAAACUAACAAACAGCAGAUGGCAAUAUAAACGUGUUAUGAACAAUCGUGAUUCUGAGCCAGCAAGUUGGAUAUGAGGUCAUUUCCCUGACAUUUUAUACUUGAGGGGAUGAUGCCUGAUUGUCUAAUUCUGUGUGUUUGUGUUAUUUUGUUUGACUUGUGCCUGGUCGUUUUCAAGGGCUGUCUUAUUUUCAUACUGAAAGUCAUUCCCUCACAUUUUCGACCACUGUGACAUGACAACACUGUUAAGUACUUAAAGCAAUACUGGAGGAAUCUCAAUGUUUCUAGUGUAAAUGAUGAAAAUGCACAAACUGCUGUUGGUGUUGUGUCCUUCUGUAUCCUGAGAUGGAUUACACUUUGUGCACUCAAGCUGGAAGAAGUUGUUUUUAUUAUGUAAAUAGAAUUUUUAUUUGUAUUUAUUAUUUCAGCAUUUGUCUGUUACUGCACUUUAAGGUUUGACUGAUUCCUGCUGUUUUUUCCACUAAAAUAAAAACAUGUUGGAGAGCACACUG